UGUACCAACUCGUCUAUGUCAUAAAGAUUAAAGAGUGAAAUCCAUCUUUGGCGUCAUGUUAACAGAUUCCGCCCCACUUCAUCGUCACUAAAGGCUCUUUGAUUCCGGCCAAACACCUUUCACAACCGCAUCAAAAAAGGAAAGCAAAAGCAAAAGGCUAUGCAAGUUUUACUUUUCUAUCACGGCCAAAUGUUUAAUACUAAUCAAACAUUAUGCCAAAAGAGAAAAUAUAAAAUAAUUCUAAAGGUUCUAUUAUCUCAAUUAAUACCACUCGUUUACACAUUGUUUCUUUUUUCGUCUCUCUUUCUCUUCCUCUCUUGAUAGGUAAACAAAAAGCCAGAAACAACAAAUCAACAAAAAGGGCCCAACCAAGAAUUCAAAGAUCAGGCAAGCACCAUGAACAACAAACGUCGGUAAACAAACUUUAACUGGGUCCAUAGGGAAAGAAAACGAGGAGGCCAAUGGAUAAUUGCAUGGAAGCCUUCCAAACUUGAAUUUCUUUGGAAUUGAGUGGGUGAUUAUGUUGUCGAUCGAUUCCAAUAUUUGCUCAUUCAAUCAAACGCGUACGGGAAGCAUGGCUCCUGCAAGAGUUCCUGCGACUCCUAUAUAUAUCAAACACUAGAAGUUUGAAGUUUUUUAAGGUUAAAGAGAAUCAAAUGGUUGUGUGCAAGUGUAAUGAAGAAAAAUGGAUAGAGCAUUAUAGCAGCUCUCAUAAAAUACUGCUUGUGGGUGAGGGGAAUUUCUCUUUUGCUGUAUGCUUGGCAAAAGCAUUUGGCACUGCUGAGAACAUGAUUGCCACCUCUUUUGAUUCCAAAGAGGUAUUGACGAAUGCGUAUCCGAAUGUGAUCAUGGCCAAUUUGGAAGAACUGAAGCAGCGGAGAUGCACUGUUUUACAUCAUGUGGAUGCCCAUACUAUGUACCGACACCCUCAACUUCGUUCGAAAUUGUUCGACAGGAUAGUCUUCAAUUUCCCUCAUGCUGGUUUCAUUGGGUGGGAAACUGAGAAGCGCCAAAUUGAAAUUCACCGGACGUUGGUUAGGGGUUUCUUGAGUAAUGCAAAUCACAUGCUGACAAAGAAUGGAGAAGUUCACAUUACCCACAAGACGGCUUACCCUUUCAGUAAGUGGGAGAUAGUAGAGUUGGCAGAGGAGAUUGGGCUGUGUUUGGUUGAGAAAGUGCCAUUUGAAAGAUGGUACUAUCCAGGUUACAUGAACAAGAGAGGAUCUGGUGCUAAAAUCAACCGGACAUUCCGUGUAGGAGAAUGCAGUACUUUCAAAUUCGCCCAUAACAUAUUCUUUUAUAACAACUUGAUUGAUGAUCUGUGUAAUGCUGGAAAACUUACCAUUGCAAGAGAAAUGUUUAGUAGUCUUCCUAUGAAAGGCUUGCAACCUAAUGUUCGGACUUACAAUAUAAUGAUCAGUGGGUUUUGCAAAGAGGGACUACUGAAUGAGGCGAGGGAGUUAUUUGAGAAAAUGAACAAGAACAGUUAUUCACCUGACCAUUUCACAUAUAACAUAAUUAUCCAAGGCUUCUUGCAACAUAAUGAGACAUCAUGGGCAGUGAAAUAUUUCCAGAUGAUGGUUGACAAGGGUUUCUAUGCAAAUGUGACCACUAACACCAUUUGGACCAACUUGUUCUCUGCUAAAAAGGUAGAUAAAACCUUUACAAUAAUAUAUUCAAAAGUCUAUGUGAAAGCUUUCUAGUUCUUC